AUGUCUGCCGCCGACACCCGUCAGCUGAAACUUUCCACAGCUCUUCUUUCACAAAGCGAUCCGCCCAUGGUCUUCAAUGACAGCAACAACAACUCCUCUUGCGAUCCCUGUAAAACAGCCCAUUCAACCAAUGCUUCAGAACGCCUUUCAGAUACGGCAGGUGUCGUUCGAGAGGUUACAAAGAAACUAGGAAAGACAAGAAUCAAAUGGGACAAUCCAGAGGCUGUCAUGGUCAUUACAAAGCCUGGCGACGUUUCUUUGAUCGGCAUGACUCGAGAGGUUGUCUUGUGGUUGAUUCGUACCAAGAAUCUUACAGUUUAUGUGGAUGCCAAGCUCAAGACAACAAAACGAUUUCGCUAUAAACGCAUCAUUGAGCGGUUUCCAGGAUACGAGGCAAAGCUUAAGUUUUGGGACCCUGAUCUUUGUGCUUCACAGCCUAAACUUUUUCAUUUCAUUAUCACAUUAGGUGGUGAUGGCACGGUCUUAUUCACAUCUUGGCUAUUUCAAUCCUAUGUGCCACCUGUGAUCCCAUUCAAUCUCGGCUCACUCGGAUUCUUGACGCCAUUUCAAUUUGAUCGAUUCGAGCAACAUUUGACACAGGCGAUGGAAAGGGGUGUUCGUAUCAAUAUGCGUGGCCGAUUGACAUGUACAGUAUAUCGACGUGUGCCAUACCCUGAAAAUUCGACACAAUCCAUCAAGACAUCGGUGCAGCUUAGGAACGUCAAACGUAAUCCUGUCACGGGAGAGAUCAAAGUGGGUGGUUGGUGCAAGGCGACACGCAACAAAAAGUGCAAAAAGUUUGGAGAAGUCGAUGGCGAAGACGUCGAAGAGGAUGAAGAUGGCCAAAAUGAUGACGUUGAGGAUAUGAUGGAGCAUCGACAAAUCCCUUGUUUUACCACAGUACCAGUGGAGAAGUAUCAUGUCAUCAAUGACCUGGUGGUGGAUCGUGGGCCUAGUCCCUAUGUUAGCUUAUUGGAAUUGUUUGGUGAUGACAAGCAUUUGACCACCGUACAAGCGGAUGGAUUGGCCAUUUCUACACCUACGGGUAGCACAGCUUAUUCACUUUCAGCCGGUGGACCAUUGACACAUCCAGAGAUUCAUGCCAUUUUGAUCACACCUAUUUGCGCCCAUACCUUAUCAUUCCGACCUACGCUUGUACCGGAUUCAAUGGAGUUGCGUAUAUGCGUUCCUUAUAAUUCUCGCAACACAGCUUGGGCUAGCUUUGAUGGUCGAGGCCGAGUGGAACUUAAACAGGGCGAUCAUAUCAAAGUGACAGCAUCCAAAUACCCAUUCCCAACGGUUUGCAAGGAAGAUCAGGCUACUGAUUGGUUCAAGUCAUUAUCCAACUGCUUGAAUUGGAACAUUCGACAGCGUCAAAAAUCAUUUGCAGUUGUUGAAUCGAAUCGUACGAGCAAUGGUCGACGUAGCGGAUCAUCCACACCUUCUUCAGCCGUAUCACGUGUAACAUCGAGCACAGCCAUAUCACGCAUGACACCCAUCAACAACAAUAACCCUACGUCUCCUACCAGCAUCAUCACCAAUAACCAGCAACAGCAACAUUUGUCACGCAAAGCAUCCAUCAAAUCAUCGAAUGGAUCAUCACCAGAAAGCACCGUAUGUGAAGAAGUCUUUGGCAUGUUUAUCGAUGACGAUGAAUACCUGCAAAACAAAUCCGGCAGCACCACCGGCAGCUUGCAUGGGAUUGAGACCGCGUCAUCAGAGGAAGAAGAUAUAUUUUCAGAUGACAGUGAUGAGGAAGAAGAAGAUCCCAACGAAAGGUUCAAUGGCUGGACUGAUGAAGAGAUUUUGCGGGCCCGGUUCAAUGCUUCACUUCGCAGAUCCACGUCUUUCCCAGCAACAUCAAUAACAACAGCACAAACAUGA